AGCCGUCUUCUGUUCACUCUGUGGACGUGGAUAAGGACUGAUAAUCUCUUAAUUAAAACUUAAAAUAUAUCAACGACAAUCCUGUUGUUUAUGAACAACAAUUUAAGCGCCAUUUCUUUGGUCCCUCUCGGUCACGGAUCACAUCAAACCUUUCUAAGUUGUAUAGUAGAGCUAGAGCCCUUGUUCGGCUUUCGGAGAAGCUGAAACUGUGAUGCGAAUGGUCAGUAAAUUCGCUUCCUUCGUCAGAACUAUUACUCCUGUAAAAUCCGAAUUUGUAGCCACAACAUCACCAAUCCAUUUACCACAUCCAUACUCUCCUUUGGGUCUGCAUGUCCAUGCUCGUGAUCUUAUAUACCUUAAGAAUCGACAAAUCAAUAAACUCAUAAAACUGGGCCAUCUCGACUCUGCUAUUAAAUUGUUCGAUGAAAUGCCUCUUCAUGACGUUGUUACAUACAAUUUGCUAAUUUCUGGGUGUCUUCACAAUGGAUAUCCACAGCGCGCAUUUGGUAUAUACAGCCAAAUGGUUUUACGAGGUAUUAGAGAAAGUGCGUCAACAUUUACUUCAGUCUUGGGUACUUGUAGCAACAUGGAUUUUUUCAAAGAAGGAAGUCAAAUUCACUGCAGGGUUGUUCUUUUUGGAUUUACUUUGAAUUUGUUUAUUGCCAGCUCGCUAAUUGGUUUCUAUAUGAGAAUGGGUCUUCAUACUGUAGCUUUGAAGCUGUUCGAUGAGUUGCCGCAGCGAAAUAUAGCUGUUUGGAACUUGUUGCUUCGUUGGUGCUGUGAACUGAGGCAAUUCGAAAAGCUUCAGGGAUUUUUCUCGAAAAUGCAGUUGGAAGGCUUAGAGCCAAAUGGUCUUACUUUUUCCUAUUUGCUUCGAGGAUUUGGUAACGAGAAGCUCUUAGACGAAGGGAAGCAACUACAUAACCGUGCUGUUAAGAUCGGAUUGGUAGAAUCAAAUAUUUUUGUUCAAAAUGCUUUGGUGGAUUUCUACGCUGAUUGCAGAAGUUUAACAGAAGCAAAAAAUGCAUUUGAAUGUAUUCCAUUAGAUAAUGUUAUUUCCUGGAAUUCUAUUGUUGCAGUUUAUGCAGACGUCGGUUUCUUGUCUGAAUCACUUGAGCUGUUUUCUCGGAUGCAGUUUUGGGGGAAAAGGCCCUCAAUUCGGUCGUUAAUGGCUCUUUUGAAUUUAUCUAGUCGGACAAGGAAUAUCCAGUUGGGGAAACAGAUUCAAUCUUGUGCUCUGAAACUGGGUUUUGGUCAUGAGAGUAGCCACCUUCAAUCGGCCUUGAUAAAUAUGUACGGAAGAUGCCUUGAUAUUGAGAGUUCAGUGGCCGUUUAUGAAAGUAUUUCUGUGAGAACUUUGGAGUGUUGCAACUCUUUAAUGACAUCUUUGUUACACUGUGGUGUCAUUGAAGAUGUGAUCGAGAUGUUUGGAUUGAUGGUUGACGAGAGAAUUGGACUUGAUGAGGUUACUCUAUCUACAACAUUAAAAGCAAUAUCAAUAUGUUCACCAGACUUGAGCAGAUGUAGAUUGCUCCACUGUUGUGCCAUAAAAUCAGGCUUUGAAUUUAGCUCCGUGGUUUCUUGUUCUUUAAUGGAUUCUUAUUCAAGAUGUGGUCAUGUUGAGCUCUCUUGGAAAGUUUUUGAGGAAAUCUAUUCCCCUGGUGUCAUUUGUUUCACCUCGAUCAUCAAUGGAUAUGCUCGAAAUGGACUCGGGAAGGAGGGUGUUGAAAUACUCAAGAUGAUGAUCCAGAGAGGCCUGAAACCUGACAAAGUGACUUUCUUGUGUGCAUUGAUAGGGUGCAACCAUUCAGGACUGGUCGAAGAAGGAAGAUUUGUGUUUGAGUUGAUGAAAACCCUUUACGGAAUUGAACCAGACUGGAAACACUAUUCAUGUAUGGUUGAUCUUCUUGGUCGUGCAGGUCUACUGGAUGAGGCUGAAAAGUUGAUUCAAAAGGUGCCUGAAAAGGUCAACGGUGUAAUCUGGAGCUCCAUGUUAAGAAGUUGUAGAGUCCAUAGAAAUGAAACAAUCGGAAGGAAAAUUGUAAAGUGGUUGGUGGACCUCGAAGCUGAAGAUCCUGCCAUUCUUUUGCAGGCUUCAAAUUUCUAUUCUGAUAUUGGAGAUUUUGAAACUUCAAAGCAACUUAGAGAAAUUGCAUUGACAAAAAAAGUGGUAAGAGAAAUUGGUCACAGUUUAAUAGAAGUAAAAAGUCACUGUUAACUUGGGACUUCCGAAUAGUGGAAUCAAUAGCACGGACAGACUGCUACAACUGAGUACAGUGAUGCCAUUGCCUGCCACCUGGAGGUUUCUUUCUUGGAUCUUUGGAAGAACCAGCAUCUCUUCCUGUGGAUACAUAAAACUACGAGCUGAAUAUAGCAAACCACUCGAGGAUCCUUCCUUCUGUAGGCGUCUCAUUGGAUGAUUAUUAUAUCUUAUAGUUAGUCACCCUGGCAUCAUGUUUGCAGUACAUAAGCUCAGUCAAUAUGUUGCAAACCUAAGACAGUCACACUUGCAGCAGCUCGCACUUUGUUUGGUAUCUCAAAGGAACUCCUGGACAAGGGGUUUUCCUAUAAGCUUUAAGCUUCUUUCAGAUUAGUGCCUUUAGUGAUGCUGAUUGGGCUUCUUGCCUUGAUACUCGCAAGUGUACACCCCGAUUUUGUGUAUUUCUUGGUGAUUUUUUGGUCUCAUGGAAGUCAAAGAAGCAAACGACAGUUUCAAGUUCAUCUGCUGAGGCUGAGUACAGGGCAUUGGCAGCCACUGUCAGUGAAGUUUCUUGGCUUGUUCGAUCACUUAAAGACUUACAAGUCAGCAUACCAGCUCCUCCCUUGUUGUUUUGUGAUAGCUCUGCUGCUAUUCACAUAGCUUCAAAUCCAACUUUUCAUGGAAGAGCGAUGCACAUCAAGCUUGAUUGCCAUUUUAUCUGUGACCAUACAGCAAAAGGAGACGUCAGACUGAUGCCUAUUCAAAGUUCUUCCCAGCUUGCUGACAUUUUCACCUAGGCAUUACCUUCAUGUUCUUUUAAACUUGUAUUGUCCAAGAUGGGAAUUUUGAAUAUAUUAAGUUCAUCUUGAGGGGGAGUUUUUAGGAUAUUGUCAAUCAGUUGAAUAUUAAUUCUGUUAUUGGUGGUUAAAUCAUUGCCACCUCACAUUUUGUAACUCCCAUUGGAUAUCUAUACUGCCAUUUCUCAUUAACGGAGAUUAAGGCAAAUUUUAUCUACUCUCAAGUAGUCUGACAGUAAGUAAAAGCUUAAUUUAUCUGCAA